UACUAGCAAAUUGUAACAAAGAUAAACUUCUUGCAAAUGAACCUUAUAAUGAAUUGCUAAAAAAAAUAGAAAAUAUCAAAAUAGAGUUAGAUACAAACAAAAUAGAAAAGAGCAGAGAAGACUUGUCUAGUAAAAAG